AUUUUGACAACCCCAAUCAAAACUAUCGAAUAUAAAUAAGCCAAUUUUGUUGGUACUCGUCUCGUUUAAUUUAUCCUACUUUGCGUAAAUAUCGAUGAAUGAGCCUCCGUUCGGCUGAAAGUGGUAGGGGCCAGUGAAAACAUGCAGAAGAAAUCCCGCCGGGAUUGCUUCAUCCCAGGCUGCACUUCGCAGAUGGGACAAGUUAUCUUUCUGAGCGCACACAAAUCCGACGGUCUCAAGCGCUGGUGGAGCGAAUCUGUUUGGGUGCAAAAUCGGAAAAACAAAGGCAUCCCCAAAAAUACGCGGGUCUGUGAAAAACAUUUUGAGGAGAAAUAUAUUGACAGGAGCUAUAAAAUGCCCCGUCUUUUCCCGGAUGCCUGGCCGACGAAGAAUAUAGAAGAACCGAAACCGGAAGAGAUGGAAUUGUGUGCCCGACAAAGGGCUGAUGGGAAAGCGAAAUGUAGAGAUCCGAAGCUAGAGUUUAAUGCUAAGAUGUAUUGCAGAUUGUGUGGCAAGAGAGAAAAGCGGCCCAUGGAGGAUCAACUAGAUCAUUUCAAGGAUGGAGAAGAAUUUUUGCGAUUAUGCCUGGGCGAAUAUUUUUCGAGAUUAGAUCUUCCCCAGGGAAUUUGCAAUAAUUGCACAGAGUCGAUAGAAUCAUGUCUAGAAUUUUUGAGAAAAUGCGAGUUGACACAACACAAACUGGAUGUAUUGUUCAGUCGUAGCGAGGAGCUCAAGACAGAACCCGAGUGCGAACUGCUGGAGGUAGAGGAACUUAAACAAGAGAAACAGGAGCAAGACGAGCAGGAAGAGUCGGAGCACGCCCAAUUUAUAAUAACGGAAGAGGUACUAGAAGAAUCUGUGGUGUCGAAUAUAAAGGAGGAACAAUUUUUGUUUUCUGGCAAUGACCAUAAUAGUGAGGAAGACUAUGUUGCCGCAGAGGAUGAUCGAGCAAGUUCGGAUUCCACGAAUACUGACGAAGAAUACAAAGUGGAUUCUGAAGUGGAAACUGAAGGUAUAAUUGUGGAUUCUAAGCCAUCGAAGUAUUCGAAGGGAAGUUGUGAGAGUUAUAACGAAAGUGACUCGGAUUAUAAGGACUCUCCGGAAAAUGAUCCUCCCAAAAAACGGACAGGUCGCCAAGCUAGGAAAUCUAUUAGAGUCCUCGAAGAAAUGGGCACACUCGAUGUUGUGGAUGAAUUUCCUGAACCGAAACGGAGAACAAAAUCAGCAACCGAAUCAAAACCUAAAAAGUCACUUUCGGGAUCGGGAGAAAGCAGCCGGAUAUGUCCGAUUUGUGGUAAAAUACUGGUGCAUAAAGGCAAUUUCACUUCACAUUUGAAAAUUCACAGUGACAAGAAAGAUUACGUCUGUAACAUUUGUGGAAAACAGUACUACAUUCGAAGAGAGCUACAGAUGCACAUUGAAUCGUUACACGAAAAGAAAACCUUCGUUUGUAACAUAUGUGGGAUAAAGUGUGCUUGGAGGAAAGGGCUACAGAGGCAUAUGAAGAACAAGCAUUCCGAUGAGAGCUCGCUGAAACACAAAUGUACGUACUGUGGCAAAGCUUUCCUGUUGCCAAAUCAGCUUCGAUUGCACGUUAUGAAACACACAGGCGAUAGAAUUACAUGCGAGAUUUGUGGAGCUGGUUAUAGGUUCAACUAUAUGUUGACACAGCACAAAAUACGAGAACACGGCAUGGAGUUCAAGGGUGUUAAAUUGUACAAGAACAACAGUCGAUCUCGUAAAAAAGAUGAGUCGAAGCAGGCGGGUACUGCGGCUGCUUCUACGCAACAACCCGACGUUAAUCCACCGCAAGUGUUGGACUCGAAUCAAGAUUCCAUCCUGUCUUCAGAAUCGUCUCAGCCACAUCAAAUACAACAGCAGCAUUUACAGCAGCAGCAGCAGCAACAUCAGCUCCCACUCCAACAGUACCACCAUGCGGCUGCAACCCAGCUGGAACGAGUGUCCUAUUCGGCUAGUUUUGUCUAUCCUGGCGGUGUUACCCCGGCUAUGAUGCUGCCCCCUGGGGGAUAUAACGGUUAGGACAUGUAAGUCGAAUACUUUGAAUUUUAUUUGCUAAUAAAAGUUUAUUAUGGC